AUGGCUGAUUAUGACCAUCCAGUUCGGUCAGGCAUCCCUGGUCAAAACCCCAAAGUCCAUCCCGAACCCCCAUACCGUCCUUAUUGGGCACGAAGCCCCGUUCAGUACGCGCAAGACCUCCUUGGAUACUCCGAAGACCCGGUCGAAUACGAUUACAACGACCGUGACUACUGGGACAACUGCUUCUUCUUUCCCGAAGACUGUUCUUGGUCUCCGCCAAAGGGCUGGGUUAUUGAAAACAAAACACUUGAGCAAGACAUCGCGCUUGGAGACUGCUACGAGCAGCACAACGAAGGCAACAUGAUACCCGGUCUUCCGGACAUAAAAAUGCUGGAUGCGGAGGCGCUCAGCGACCUCCUAGAGGAUAACCUGUCACCUCCGGAAAUCACUUCUAUGAUGGUAUUCGCUACCAAUGGCGCUAUUUUCGCAUACGCAUCUUCCCUCCCUUCCAGGCAGCUGCGCAACUUGAGCGCAACAUACGGUGCGGCGUACACAUGCUACGCGAAAAAUGCAUCAUGUGGGAAUCUCACCGGCGUGAACCCUGCCAGCCAUCCGUCAUCAUACGUGACCACCCCAUCUGUAUCACUAGGCGACGUCGGGUCCAUCGUCUUCGAACUUGACGAUCUAGUAGCGGUCGUGACAAGAAUCGCAGACAAGGUCCUUCUUGCCGCAGUCGGGCCAUCGAAACUGGGAGAUGCCGAAGACGCAGCAACACCCAACGGUACACAGAAUGUUUUGAACGGAUCCUCACAUCCCGGAGGCGACGACGCUGCCAAUGAUGGGAGGACUUAUGCCAGCGUUGUAGCAGCCAACGGAGGCCGCCAUGGCCCUAGCUCAGACGCGCAACUCGAAAGCCAGUACGAAAUCGACCGGAGCAGUGAUCUAGCCCGUCUAGCGACCUUGAACCUCUCCGCGUCACCAUCUAUUCUGCUCGCACUGGAGUCCAAAUCUGCAGCGCUAGGGAGAUUCCUGGGACAGAAACUGGCAGAUCUUGAAAGUCCUGAAGAUUUCUGA